CUAUUGAAGAUGAAAAGUGAAGGGUGAUGAGCGAGAAAAACAUAAUUUUCUUGGUGUGCAAGUAACGCGUGGAUCACCACACCCGUGAAUCUUGACGGCACACCGACAAACCGCAACUGUUACUUCUGUUGUCGACAGACAAAAUGAGGACGUCUGCUGGAAAGUAUGCAAGUGUGUGGGCCAGCGCGUGUAAACGGAUCUGGUGAAUUCCGCAGACGUCCGGCGUCUGCGUAUUAAAAAGAGGGGACCCGAAAACAUUCUGCACUGGUGGACGAAUAUGGGGCAAAUGGAUGUUUGAGGACCCUUCGGAAAGAGCUCCGGCCCGCCCAUUGACGCGGAUGUAAACACACAGCCAUCAAGCGAUUGUCCACAUCAAAAGUAAAACAAAAUGGACUCUAACACUCCAAGCGACAAUCCUCAAGAUGUCUCGAUGAUUCGAAGCGGCAGCUUCUUCAAGCUGAUUGAUGCAUUUGCACUGGAGAUUGGGGAGUUAAAGAAGGAGAUGGUUCACACCUCUCCCACAGUGGAACAGGAGCCUGUGGUUCUACAAGGGCCGCAGAGCCAAGUGUGUGGCGACGUGAGGGCCAUUGAUCUGGGGUCCCCCCAAAGUGGCAUCGCGAGAUGUGAAAGGGAUUAUGGAUAUGACUCAUUACGGAGGAGGAUGAGCGUGUUGGACAGACUGACUCAAACCCACCCUGUGUGGCUGCUGCUGACAGUCAAUGAAGAGGAGGCCACACACAUCCUACUUAAACAGCCGCCAGGGGUUUUCUUGGUAAGGAAGUCAGUCACACUGCAGAGGAAGGUCCUCUCUGUGCAUCUGAAAGAUGAUCGGGCAGGGAGCUCCAUCAGCCACUUCCCCAUCAGAGAGAGCCAGUAUACAUUUUCUCUUGAUGGAUCUGGGAUCAGCUUUGCAGAUCUUUUCCGCCUGGUGGCUUUCUACUGUAUAAGCAGGGAUGUGUUGCCUAUACCUCUCAAACUACCCGAAGCCAUUGCAUCUGCCAAGACACAAAAAGAUCUGGAAGAGGUGGCUCAACUUGGACCAGGCUUUUGGGACUCUGCCCUGUCCAGCCAGCGGGCAACCUCCCACCCUCCCCGUCGAACUUCAAGCCGAACUCUCAGCCCCCAACGUAUAAGCAGGACGGGCGAGGACCAGGGGUCGGAGCAGUGUCAUACUGGGCCCCAGUGUGACAGCGCACCACCAACAUUACGCCACCGGACUCCUUCCUCCCAAAGUGACAAAAGGCAUUCCAAUACUACUCUCUGCUUUGUCAACCCACUGUUUUUUCAGACUCGGCAGCGCCACCACUGUACAGAAGAUCCAACUUCACAUGAGUCUAACAACGUGCCUAUGAAACCCACAAGUGGCGGCCAAGAGAGAAAGGAGCACUCAGACGAAAUUCAAGUGAGCCGCAAAUCGCAACCCCCUCCUCGUCCUCCCCCACCUCGCUUGAUGUUGCGCAAGCGACCGGCACCACCUCCACCUGGAGUUCCAGCUCUUAUCACCAGACCCAAAAGCAUGCCAAUGGCCAUUCCCGUGACCCCAAGACAACAGCCUGCCCCCACCCGCCGCCCGGCCCCCCCUCGACGGACAAUAGGUACUAAACACAGCAGCCCACUCAAAGGUUCACCAAGAUCGCCAAUCGCUGUGCCUUCAAACCCACCACCUCCAAGACCAAAUAAGCCCGUAGUGGACCACCACUGCCACGUUGCCCUUGAUGACGAGACCAUUGCUCAAGCUUUGUCUCGAGUCAAGCUCCCCGCUUCCGUUCCGGAUCAUCUUCCACUGGAGGACAGCAGUGUGAGUCCAUCGAUCCAAAAUGAGAGGAGACUUCAGCGGCUCAGUGACAUGAGCAUGUCGACUUCUUCCUCUGAUUCAUUGGAAUAUUCACAGUCUCCUGGGUUAUCCCUGGGCCUGGGGUCCAGCCAGUCAUGCCAUCUUAACCAUCAAGAGAAUGUAGAGGACACGAGUGAGGAUGAUGAUGAUGAUGAUGAGGAUGACGAGGAUGGUGAAGAGGAAAUGGAGGAGGACUACGGUGUGGGCCUAGAGGCUGACUUGGAAAUGCGUCUUCGUCCGUCCUUUAAAGCUAGAAGUCGCAGGGUGGGUGUGAGUCUAAGUGGGGGAUCAUUUAUUCUUCCCCGGGCCUUGAAGGGACGCCUACGCAAGGUCAGCGGUAUGCUCUCGUCUUUGAUGACUCCAGAGAGACGGACAGUGAAAAAGAUAGCUGAGCUGUCUCGGGAUAAAAGUUCAUAUUUUGGCUCACUGGUCCAGGACUAUAUCAGCUUUGUUCAGGAGAAUCGUGGUUGCCACACAUCGGGAGAGGAUUUUUUGCAGACGCUCAGGCAGUUCAUGACGCAGAUGAAAGCUUAUCUGUGCCAAAGCUCUGAGCUGGACCCUCCGAUCGAAUCGCUCAUCCCUGAAGAUGUGAUUGAACAGGUGCUGGAAAAGGCCAUGCACAAGUGUGUGCUAAAGCCCCUGAAGACUUUCAUCGACGUGGCCUUACAUGAUUUCCAGGUUCGCAGUGGAGAUUGGCAGCAGAUGAAAGAGAAUUUGGCCUUGGCUAAAACCAAGAGGCCUCAGGAGCUGGGCGUGGAUGGUGCGGUACCGCCUGACGCUGUGGCAAUUGAGAAGAUUCGACAUAAGUUUCUUGACAUGAGGAAGAUGUACUCACCUGAGAAAAAGGUGUCGCUGCUAUUACGCGUGUGCAAGCUCAUCUACACCAUCAUGCAGGACAACUCAGGGAGGAUGUAUGGCGCGGAUGACUUCCUUCCCAUGUUGACGUAUGUGGUAGCGCAGUGUGACAUGCCUCAGCUGGACAUGGACAUCCAGUACAUUAUGGAACUACUGGAUCCAUCUCUUCUUCAAGGAGAAGGAGGUUACUACCUAACAAGUGCCUAUGGAGCGAUGGCCCUCAUCAAGAAUUUUCAGGAGGAGCAAGCAGCAAGGGUGCUGAGCUCUGAGGCCAGAAACACUUUACAUCAAUGGCACCGCCGUCGCACUGCUCAGCGUUCGGCACCCACACUGGACGACUUUCAGGUAGCACACCUGACCUGAUCCCAGGCUAAUUAUCUACGUUUAGCCCUGCAAGAUGUGGAUACAGGCUGCACAGCCAAAACCUUACUCGUCCAUUCAUACACCACGACAGAAGAAGUCUGCUCACUUUGUGCUUCCAAAUUCAAGCUUUCAGAGCCUGAGUGCUACGCUCUCUUUCUGGUCACCGAAGACACCUGCCAGCAACUGGCGCCCGACACGCACCCUCAGCAAAUCAAAGCUGAGCUUCACAGCCGACCCCGUGCAAAGACCUUCAAUUUUGUCUACAGAAAGGUGCCUCAUCUAAACCUUUGUAUACCGGCCUCCAUUAUUGAUAUUCGAGUUGAACAAUGAGGGAAUAUUUCCCCAAAUGGCCGUUACUUAUAUGCAACCAGUCACUGAUAUUCAACGAGCGUUCUCGUACUUAAACAAGAUUGACUGAUGAUGCGUUUUAAUGGUUCUGCCAUGUGGGACGUUGGACUUCGGGAAUGUGGUAUGAGUCAUAAUGGGCCCUUAAACAUGUAUUAUGACAACAUAUGACAACAUUUUGUUCAUGGCCUCAUGUUAGCAAAGAUACUGUACGUGGAAGGGGAAAUUUGGGGGUUUGAGAUUCCGAAGAAAGUUGUUUUUUGUUUGAUUGUAAAUAUUUAGAUAUGCAGGCUGUCAGAAAAAGCAGCGAUGACAUAUGAUAAAAGCCUUUUAUGUAUUUAACUUAUCCAUUAUCUGCUGUAAUUCCAUUCUGCCUUCAAAAGGAAAUCGAAAUAGUGUCUGCUACUGCAAGCAUUCGGAUCACCAAGUGAUGACCUGUCUUCAAUGAACAUGAACUAUGUAAAACCACAUCAGAUAUUGUUACUAUUAAUGUUUCACUCCUGUUUCUUAGCGAUUGCUGGUCAAUUGUGACUUGUAUGCAAUAUCACACGUUUUAAAGUCAAAUGAUCCUUUUUAUAUAUUAUUAUCUCCAUGGUAGCGAAGAUUGGUGCUGCCGUGGACUUGAUACAGGACUUUCUUUUAUUAUUUUUAAUUUUUUUUCUUAUUCGAUGCAUUUGUGUACUGCCAUAAAGUUUGCUCCAAACAAAAGAAUAUGACAAGAUGUCACAAUACAUUUCAACAUGACAAAACAUUUAUGCAGUGCUGUUGUCAGCACAGUGGUCACAGGGGUAAAAUAAAAUCUCAUGGAAUGCGAGGAAAGGUCACUGCAAAGAAGUACCGUAUUUUCCGCACUAUAAAGCACACCUAAAAACAUUCAAUUUUCUCAAAAGCCGACAGUGCACCUCAUAAUCUGAUAUGCCUUACAUAUGGAUCAAUAUUCCGAAUUUUUAAAUCAAGCUGUAUUAUCUUCCCCUUAGCGUGGCUCCAUCUUGUGGAUGCAUAACGCAACUGCAGGCACUACAGUUGCUUCUAUGCACCUUAUAAUCCGGUGCGCCCUAUAUAUAUGAAAAUCGGCCCUCAAUUGAAGGUGUGCCGUAUACUCCGAAGCGCCUUAUAGUGCGAAAAAUACGGUAUUUUGCAGUAGUAAGCAUCGCAAUGAGACGCCAAUUGUUCUCAAAAGUGGAUUGUAAAAAUAUCACGUCAUGAGUAAAUGUAAAUAUUACACUUAUAUGAAAUUUAAUAUUUUUGAGGUUUACUUCACCUCUUACCUAAAGUCAGCUGUGAUACAAUAUGAGUGGCAGAAGAAAUUAGAUGCAUAAGUAAUGGGGCAUUGUGUAAAUGAAAGUUGGUCUUUGAGUUUUUCCAAGUUUUGGUGAUUCAAACUCGCACUGAUCCUUUUACACCAGUUAAAAUUAUGUCAUAAUAUAGACAUGGCCGUCAGCAUUAAUGCAGUAAGUACACCGUUUGGCAGCAGUGAGAGUACAUGGUCAAUGUGUACCCACCCGUACACUCAGCACAUUGGCUUGAGUCAGCCAUAACGUGCAAUGUGUUUUACCCUCACGGUGCACUGGACUUAACUAUAGCCUCUAGCAUGUGCAAGAGGAAUGGCGCUUGCAUAUGUGACAAGUGGAUGGGUGUAGCUGAACAGCCAAAGUGCACAGCUGUGUCUUUUCCACCAUAAACACACGGGAUAUUAUGCCCCUUUGUCACUAACCAGUCAUUUCCCCCCCUCAUUUUAGUUAAUGGCUCCUUUGUUGAGUGUUUUCCCAUUGCCUGCCAGUCAGUAUCAAGGUGGCUGUUUUUCAAAUAAAGCUUUGUUUUCUUCAGAUGUGUCCAA